AUGGCGACGGUGACCUAUGGCCCGUCUUUUGCUGUGACGGCAAAGCCACAGGAGCCCCCUCGGCGCCUGGCUCCUCCUCCUCUCCCACCUGAGCAGCGAAAGGCCAUGGAGGCUGCACGCAACGAGAAGCAAGAAAGCAUCAGCGCGCGCAUUGAAAAAUGGCACGCGUACACCACUGCAUACGCCGAGGAAAUGGCCAAGGACUUCAAUAAGACGCCAGAGCACUUCCUUCACCUCCUGUUCUCUCAAGGUUCACGUUCGAAGGAAUCACGGAAACAGAACCCGUGCAACGCCUGGUCAAGUAAGGUAGUGAAGGAAGCAAACGCAGGUGCCGCCCCAGGUCAAACACGUCGUAUGGUUAACGUCCAACGGGAGAGAAAGCAUGAGUAUUACAGCUUGACCCUAGAGGAGAAAGCUGAACUCGAGGCCCCAUUAGAGGAUGUGCGGCAAUCAAAGAAAUUCGGUGCUCGUCUCACGGUUCGAGCAGUUCUGAAUGAUGUCAACGCAACGAGUGGCCGUAUGGAGCUCGAGAUGUAUGGGCUCUGCUUGCGCACGGGCAUGCAGGGCUUCUUUUGCGUCUUCAAGAGCAAGGCGGGCAUCCCUUACAGCCCUCGAUGGUACUUCACGAAUCCGCAUAUCAACACGUACCUCGGAUUGGCGAUUCGAAAGGGGUGGGAUGUUGAAAACAUUGGUGCGCUGGCUGAGGCCUUUGCCGUUGCGGGGUGUGACUUUAUGAAGUUCCUACGCACUGCGAAGGAACGCGCUGACUUCUUGAAGGCUGAGAUCCGCAGUGUGAUCCAGAAGCAACUCGUGGAUUUGACCGGCAACAAGCACGUCCGCAUGAACUACGUCAACUUCGAACGCGACUUCAUUGUGAAGUUUGGCAUCAAUGUCACGGGCUGGACAUUUGAUAAGUUCAUCAAUCCGUCCGAGAUGAGCACCAGUCUCCCGCCCCUCCAGAAACUCCUCUCAGCCCUCAAGGAUGGCUCAUGCCGGUUCUACCGCCUCCCGGAGCCUGAGCGCGUGCGGCGCGAAGAGGAGUUCAACCGUAAAGUUCUCAGUGGUGAGAUCGCGCCUCGUAAAGAACGCCAAGACAAGGGUGUUCUGCGUGGCAAACGCGCUGCCAAUGCUGUGGAUCCUGGCAGCGACACAGAUGACGGCGGGACUGAGUCACAGCCGUUGGCGAAGCGUCCUCGGACGUCACGCAAGUCAACGCAGAAGCCUUUGGAUCCAAAGAGCGCCGAAUUCAUUGAUAACUCGGACAAUGAAGGUGGUGCCGCUUGA